AUGUAUAAAUUUUCCGCACAAACUUCACCUACAUUGUCGGAAAGGACAAUAAAUUCCGUAGCACAUUCUACACGAACAGUUGAUCCAAUACCUGAACAAACUGUUGUCCUCUCUCGUGCAGAUAUUAGGGCAUCCUUUGAAGCUUAUGAACAAUUAUUAGGUUCCGCGAAAUUAUACCGUAACCAAAUGAUAGCGUUGGCACAAGCUAGUGCAGGUUUUGGACAAGCAUUAGAAAGAAUGGCGCGUUGUAAAGGAGCACUUGAAUCAGGUCCCGCAUUACAAGCAGCAGCUGGUUUACAUUACUUAAUGUCAAAUCAUCAACAAGUUUUGAGUGAUGCCUUUUAUAAAAAGUUUGAAAUUCCUUUAUUGGAGAAUCUUGAUAAUCAUAAGGUAAAUGUGUUAACAGCCGAAGAAAAUUAUGAUAGAUCGUUAGCAGAAAUGAGUAAAAGAAUAAAAGAAACCGAGGCCGAGAAUUUACGUAGUGGACGUAAACAUUUAACACAACAAGUUGAAGAUUUAGAUAGGUUAAAAACGGAAUAUUAUCGACAAACUUUGGAAACAGAAAAAAAUAAUCUUAAGUAUAUCUUUUCUAAAGUAUCGACAGUUGUCAGAGCUGAGGUGGAUAUCUACGAAAGAAUAUCUAUUAAAGGAAUGUCAGAUCCAAUAUUGGAAGGCAUGAUAACUCAAGGACCUGAUCCUUUUUGCGCUUAUCCAACUGCGGAACAAUCUUCAGAAAUAUUUAGUGUUCUUCCACCUGUUCCUAUUAUCAAUCCUAUACCUGAACUUAAUAGUGUAACGACAUUAUCUGAAGUAUCUACAGAAGAUGCAUACAAUAUUAGUUCCAAAGGUCGAUCUCCACUGUCAACAUUAGAUGAUGAUAAAGAAGUCAUCAUUAGUAAUAGACAUUCAUGCGAAAAUUCUCAAGAUAAUGAAGAGUAUGACAAAUUUGAUAGCGAAAAAUCUGGGUCAGACACUUCAUCUAUAGGAAAACAUUUUAAUCCUUCAAUUAACCCAGGAUUUCAUAUUUCUGAUGAUUCCGAGUUAUUACAUGAUAAGGAUUUCGCAUAUGGCGUUGAAGACAGCGGAUUUGAAGGGAGUCUUACUAGUAAUUAUGGAAAAUCAGAUGAAACGAAAGAAUUAAUAUAUCCAAAGUCUCAAAAUGAAUUUACCGAAGGGACAACAACAACAAAUAAUAAUUCGAAUUCAAGAACCAUUUACGAAAUUCAAGAACAGUUGAACUCAUCAAAUAUGGUUCAACGUUUUCAAAUUGCCGAGACGAACGGUUUUGCUUUUCAGACCUUCGAUAACAAUAUUCUUGGUAAUUCUUUACCAGAUGAUUGGCAACAACAGCUUUAUGCGAACGAUGAUAUGUGCGGUUUAGUAAAUGAUACCAAUUUCUCUGCCAAUGUUUUCGUUGAUGAUCUAAUGUCAUCGAAUUUUGUUGAUGAAGGUAGCUCAUGGAUACUUGAUCAAAAUACGGAAUCUUCUUUACAAUUAAAUCAACAAGAUGAAAUACAACAAGUUCAUACGCCAUUAUCUAAUUCAUCUUCUGAUACAGAUUCUGAACAAAAUAAUGAAUCUAACAUAUCAUCUAAUCUUAACGAACAAAAUCGUGCUCAAACCCCGGGUCCUUUACAAAAAAGUAAUAUACCCAAUUAUUUAACUAUCCGACGUAGAAGUUUAUCCGCCGAUAACAUACAUGCCUUGGCAAAAUCCCAACAAUUAGUAAAUAAUCGUAAGAUGAUUUAUCCUAUUCAACAACAUUCAGAACAGAUUUCAUUUGAUAGAACGAUUCCUCCAGCAAUUCAAAUACAACUUUUAAAACAAGAAGCUUCCAGAUUUAAGGUUAAACUUGAUAAAAGAACUCAAAGGAGUAUGCCCAAUAUACAAUUAGCUGCAGUAGCUCAUGGUGCAAUUCUUCAAUCAAAAACAAAUCAAAAUGGUGGUUCAGGUGGUGUACCAAUAAUGGAUAUUUCAUCAUCAUCCUUAUCUACACCUAGUACACCAACGUUUCCUAAUGAAAAACCACCAAAUGUAGCCAAACAAACUUUAAAUCCUCCUCGUCGUGGUCAUACGCGUAAAAGAUCAUUAUCUGCACCUACUACUCCUUUCCAAAAUCUUACACAUCAUAUACCAGGAUCAGUUCCUUUACAACCAGCGCAAUCAAUUCCACUUAAUUUUUCUAUGGCAUCUUACGCUCGUAGACCUAAUGCAUUACCAAUUCAAAUUCAACGAAAUCCUAAACAUUCACAUUCUACUACUAUAAUGUCAUCUGAAGAAUAUCAAAGAAAAUUAGAUGAAGAACUUGAAAAAGUUGAUUUUGAAGAUAUUACAACUUCAAGAAGAAGUGGAAUAUGUUAA